UGAUAGCCUAUCUGCUAUUCAAUGCCAGCUAUGACGCUAUAUGGAGACAAUCUAGGUUUGUCCAGCCUCCAGCCUUCCUGGUGGUGUCCUCGAUUUGGCUGUGGAGAGGCUGAUCACCCGAGGGCCGUGAUGGGUAACGUUAGAUGCAUGGUUCGUUCGUUCGUUCGUUAGAUUUCUUAGAGAUCGUUGUGAGAACUCAAGUAUAAGAAGAGCCCUCAGUCUCGUCCAGAUUUCUAUUCUUUUCUUGUAUCAUCACUCUCAACAACAAUCAACCACUCUCAUCCUCUUCAAGCUUCCAGCCAAACACUCCUCAACACCACCACUACUUUCCUCUUCACUUACACACAAACAACCCAACAACAACCGCCAACAUGAAGCUGUCCGGUGUCCUCUCUGCUCUUGCUCUCACCUCCGCCGUCUCGGCCACCACUGUCUCCUACGACACUGGCUACGAUGACAAGUCCCGCCCCAUGACUGCUGUCUCUUGCUCUGAUGGCAAGAACGGUCUCAUCACCAAGUAUGGCUGGAAGACUCAGGGCAACGUCCCUACCAAGUACGUCGGUGGUGUCAACAUCAUCGAGGGCUGGAACUCCGCCAACUGUGGUGGCUGCUACCGCCUCGAGUACAAGGGCAAGAAGAUCAAUGUCCUCGCUAUCGAUCACGCUGCCUCUGGCUUCAACAUUGGACUCGAUGCCAUGAACGCCCUCACAAACGGCCAGGCCGUCAAGCUCGGCCGCAUCAACGCCCAGGUCUACCACGCCAACCCUUCUGACUGCGGUCUCAAGAAGUAAACGGCGCAACUCUACGAUUUUAUGAGAUGCAUAUGAGGCUUUUUGGAUCGCGGAUAUUCUUAUUCUUUCCCUUCUUAGAACUAUGGGUUUAAUACUUGGCAUUGGCUGGCGUUUAGACUACGAUCUUACACAUAAUCUACCUAGAUACUACACUACACUACACAUGAAUGAACAUAGAGCUUAAUUGCUUUCACUUCAAUUUUCUUCUUUGCAA